UCCGCUAAAGCUACAGCGCCAAGAACACCAUCAACUUUUAAUUUGGUGAAAGUACCAAUUUGUACCAAAUUUUGACCAUAUCUCGAGGUAAAAUCGAUUCGGAUUCAUCGUAGAUAUCAAAUUCGGCGAUAAACAUGCCCACCACCACCAUUUUCACCCCAAAAAGAACCAGUUAAAACCGCACUUUCAUUCCCAACCGCAUUUUCUUCACAUAAUUUCGCCCCAACGACCAUGUCUACCAUCGUUUACGAUCUGGACACCUCCGGGGGACUUAUGGAGCAAAUUCAAAAAUUAAUCGCUCCCCCGGACGCCGAAGACUCCAAAGAGGCGAAAACCGAGCAUCCGUACUUUAAAAGACCAGGAAGGGGGCACAACCACGAUAGUUGCGAUGCUUGCAGCGAAGGCGGGGAAUUAAUUUGUUGCGAUAAAUGCCCAUCGAGCUUUCAUUUACAAUGUCAUGAUCCCCCUUUGGAUGUAUCUGAUAUCCCAACUGGUCAAUGGCUUUGUCAAAGUUGUCGCUACAAAAUCGAUCGGCCCCCGCAACCGAGAAAACGAUCUUUGUCGUCGUCCUCCGGAGGUUCGACGUCCGCGCCGAAAGCGAAAAAGCAAAAAACUAACAUGGAAAUUCUUAUCGAUGCUGCAAAAGCGGUUAAUCCGAAACAAUUUGAGCUGCCACGAAAUCUUUUGGAGCCGUGUAUUUUUCCAGGGACUGAUAAAGUGAUUAAUCCGUAUAGUAAAGUUGGAAAUCGAAGGAAUAACCCAAAAGUGCAUAAACAACUCGAUCGUUUAAACGGAGGUUUAAUUCCACUACCAGCGAAAAAGUGUUAUUCCUGCAGGAAAUCGUGCCGGGUUGCCCCAUUAUUAUCCUGCGAUUAUUGCACGUUAUGUUUUCAUCUGGAUUGUUUGGAUCCUCCACUUACAAGCUUACCCACAGGGAGAUGGAUGUGUCCAAAUCAUUUCCAACAUUUCGUGGACUCAAAUUUAUUAACAACAAUCUCCGCAACCGAACGUAACCGUUUAUGGGACUUAUACAACGGCCCCGUCGAUCAAGAUGCAAUAAAAGUGGAAUUUUUUCGAAAAAUCCACAGCAAAAACCCCCCAUUUCGAUUCAAAAUAAAACUCCCCCGCCGCGAACGCGCCACAAUCCCCCAAAUGGUUAAAUACCAUUACUCAAAACCUGUUCAACUCCUACCCAGCCUCAGAGACGUUCUUCGAUUAAACACAGUUCUCCAUCGAGAAGAAACGGAUUAUUACGAAAAUAUCGAAAAUCUUAUUGAAAUGGACACCGCUAGUGAUGAUUCAACUACGAUAACAUCCGGGGAACCCACCACGGUUGAAACAAAACCGUUAGAGAUGAUUAAAUCGGAAGAUAUCGCCAAAGACGAUGAGGAAAGUUGCAAAUUAAACGGGAUUUUUGAGUUAAACGGGGAAGGGGUGGGAUUUUUAAAUUCGGCGUUGAAAGAUCGUGAUAAAAAAACAAGUUUUGGAGCUUUUAGGAGGGUUAAAAUCAAACAGAAACGAAGCGUGUACGAGAAUAAUAACGCUGAAAUGGAUGAUGGUAAAGAGUGCAAGAAGGAGAGCGUGGAGAAACUUGAAAAUGGAACCGGGGUGAAAAUCGAAUUCGAAAUGGGGCCCAAUGGGGUUAUUAAUAAUGGAAUGUUAAACUGUGAUAAUAGAAAUGAUUUUUUCAAUGGUUGUUUUGGAGAUACGAUGGAUAUUAGUUACGAAGUUGAAAGAGAUUUAAAACAACUCGACACUCGUCUUCUCAAGCUUUUAGCGUUCCAGCGAAUUCAACAGCUUCUCAGCGCUCAAAACUCAGACGCAACAUCCCCGAACCACCAUCACCUACCAUUUCUUUCACCUUCGCUGCAAGCAAAACUUCGCCAUAUGCCAUUACCCAGUGAACUUUUGACACCGGCCGAUAUCGAUCGAAUUUCGCGAGUUUUUUCCUCGCCGAAACGUCGAAACAAACCCCGUUCGAACCUGCGAGCUCGCGCCAUGCUCUGCCCCGUUAUCUCAAAAUAUUUUUAUAACGUCCGAACUUCCGAUGUUGAUUCAGUCGAUGUUCGACAUGAUGCUAGCUUUAUGGGUUUCCGACCAACCGUGUCCGCUCGUUUUCCUGAAGCGACAGCGAUGCGUUAUCGAAGUAUUAAUAUAGGCCGAGGUUCCGCCAAUGAUUUAGAAUUGGACCGUUAUGGACAUUGCAAUUAUGUUUCACCGAAACACGCGGUGAUUUUUUUUGAUGAACACACGAAAAGUUACGAGUUGAUGAAUUAUUCGUGUUAUGGUAGUUAUGUAAAUAACGUUUUGUAUUCGAAUAAUGUAACAGACAGGCCUCAUCAAAUUAAAACCGCUUCAUCGGCGUCUACGCCCCAAGAGAAUCACAACCGUUCUCCGGAAUUAGAUAAGCAAGUUCGCGAAAUUGUCGAUAAAAGAAGAAAAAUUAAUCGACCGAGAAAAAGUUCGACCGACACUAAAAUGAUUGCGAUUGAAUGUUUAGAUCGGAUGGAAUGUUCUUGUGAUGGGACCGGUUUUGAUGAAGUCGUUAAAGGGGGCUGGGAGGGUCCAGCCAUUUUAAAUCAUGGAUCGUUAUUGAGAUUUGGUUGUGUUUCGUUUGUGUUUUCGAUUGUGGAUUGUGCUACGAUGUAAAUUAUUAACUAUUUUGAUGGAGAGACAAUGGAGGAGUUGGAAUUGAACGUUAAAUAGGUUAGUUAUUUUUUUUUUGUCUUCAAAUUGAUAAAUUAUUUAAUUCGAGUUUUUAAGCCCUUAAAAUUAAAGGCUUUUUGUAUAUUUUAA